AUGGAGACGUCCGCCUCAGUCACGGCCACGGAGAAGAAAGACGCCAAAAGUGGGAGCCUGGAGGGUGUCGCUUUCCCCGACCCGGGCAGGAAGGCCUCUGCUCUCGCGGUGGCCACGGCGGCCGCGGCAGCGGUGGCUGCCCAAGGAGUGCCACAACACCUUUUGCCACCGUUUCAUGCUCCCUUACCGAUUGACAUGAGACACCAGGAGGGAAGGUACCAUUAUGAGCCCCACUCUGUCCACGGCGUGCACGGGCCUCCUGCCCUGAGUGGCAGCCCCAUUAUCUCCGACAUCUCGUUGAUCCGGCUUUCCCCACACCCCGCCGGCCCCGGGGAGUCCCCCUUCAACGCCCCCCACCCCUACGUGAGCCCCCACAUGGAGCAUUACCUCCGUGCCAUGCACAGCAGCCCCACACUCCCCACGAUCUCUGCGGCCCGGGGCCUUAGCCCCGCUGAUGUGGCCCACGAGCACCUCAAGGAGAGGGGACUGUUUGGCCUCCCCCCUCCGGGCACCAACCCCUCAGACUAUUACCACCAGAUGACUCUCAUGGCGGGCCACCCUGCACCAUACGGGGACCUGCUGGUGCAGAGUGGGGGUGCCGCCAGUGCACCCCACCUCCACGACUACCUCAAUCCGGUGGAUGUGUCGCGCUUCUCCAGCCCACGGGUGACGCCCCGCCUGAGCCGCAAGCGGGCGCUGUCCAUCUCCCCGCUGUCAGACGCCAGCCUGGAUCUGCAGCGGAUGAUCCGGACGUCACCCAACUCGCUGGUGGCCUACAUCAACAACUCCCGCAGCAGCUCGGCGGCCAGCGGCUCCUACGGCCACCUGUCAGCAGGCACCCUCAGCCCAGCCUUCACCUUCCCCCACCCCAUCAACCCGGUAGCCUACCAGCAGAUCCUGAGCCAGCAGAGGGGCCUGGGCUCAGCCUUCGGACACACCCCGCCCUUGAUCCAGCCCUCGCCCACCUUCCUGGCCCAGCAGCCCAUGGCCCUCGCCUCCAUCAAUGCCACGCCCACCCAGCUCAGCGGCAGCGCCACCUGUCUGAGCGACGCCACCCAGAACAAGCAGAACAGCGAAUCGGCUGUGAGCAGCACCGUGAACCCCAUCGUAAUUCAUAAGCGCAGCAAGGUCAAGACAGAGGCAGAGGGCCUGCGGCCAGCCUCCCCGCUGACCCUGACGCAGGAGCAGCUGGCUGACCUCAAGGAAGACCUGGACAGGGACGACUGUAAGCAGGAGGCCGAAGUGAUCAUCUAUGAGACCAACUGCCACUGGGAAGACUGCACCAAGGAGUACGACACCCAGGAGCAGCUGGUGCACCCGCUGCCGCCCUGCGCCGACAGGCGAGGUCUCCGCCUGCCCGGCCACGCCAGCGCCGACGGCGGCCUGGCCCGAGGCGCCUACUCGCCGCGGCCGCCCAGCAUCAGCGAGCACGUGGCCACGGAGGCCUUGGCGGUGGGGGCGGACAGCGCCGGGCCCGAGGUGGGCCUUAUGCUGCCCGAGGACGACCUCGUGCUGCCGGACGACGUGGUACAGUACAUCAAGGCGCACGCGGGCGGUGCCCUGGACGACAGCCCCUCACAGGCUUAUCUCCCCGAAAGCACCUGCUUCUCUGAGAACCCCAAACUGCCCAGCCCGGGGCUGCACGGCCCCCGCAGGAUGGUGGCUGCGGACUCCAACGUGGGCCCCUCCGCCCCUGUGCUGGGAGGCUGCCAGCUGGGCUACGGGGCCCCCUCCAGCCUGAACAAAAACAACAUGCCUGUGCAGUGGAAUGAGGUGAGCUCCGGCACCAUGGACGCCCUGGCCAGCCAGGCGAAGCCUUCACCCUUUUCGCAGGGCAACCUGGCUGUGGUGCAGCAGAAGCCGGCCUUCGGCCAGUACCCGGGCUAUAGUCCACAAGGCCUGCAGCUGAGCCCGGGAGCCCUGGACAGCGGGCAGGGACACUUUCAGCCCUGCGGGGGAGGCCCCUCGGUGCCUAGGAUAAAUUACAUGCAGCAGCUGCGGCAGCCAGGGACAGGUGGUCAGUGUUCCAAUAUGACCACCACCGUGAGCCCCCACACCAAUUACGGCCAGGCCCACCCCCAGCUGAGUCCCAGUGCCAUGGGUGGGACCUUGAACCAGUACCCCCCGUCCUGUAACAACAUGGCAGCCAAGCCAGUCCACUUGGGGCUCCCCCAGCAAAUGGAAAUCGCUCCCGAAGCCAGCAUGAUGGGCAGCAGCCGCAGGGAACUCGGAAUCACCAAUUCAGCCCUGGCCGGGAUGCCUCCGCUUCACUCCACCCAGAGCUACCCACAGCAGAGCCAUCACCUGGCGAACCCCAUAAGCCAGGAGAGCUACCGCCAGGGCCCCAACCUUCUACCUGCCCAGCAGCCUGGCUUCAUGGAGCCCCAGCAGGGCACCGCGGGGGUAGCCGGAUCCAGCUUUGGCCUAGUUCAACCCCGGCCUCCCGCCGAGCCCAGCCCCGCCGGCUGCCACCGGGGGGUGCGUGCCGGGGUGCAGCUGGCCUACGCCAGAGCCACCGGCCACGCCAUGGCUGCUGUGUCGGCCCAUCAGGAGAUGGCAGAUGCGCCCAAGGGAGCAAUGGGCGGCGUGGUGUCCCGGCCUCCCCAGCCCCCCCCGCAGGACACGGGCGGGGUCCCGGACCACAGCAUGCUGUACUACUACGGCCAGAUCCACAUGUAUGAACAGAACGGAGGCCUGGAGAACCACGCAGGCUGCCAGGUCAUGCGGCCCCAGCCACCGCCACCACAGGCCUGCCCCGACAGCGUCCAGCCCCAGCCCUUGCCCUCUCCAGGGGUCAACCACGUGUCCAGCACUGUGGACUCCCAGCUACUGGAGGCUCCCCAGAUUGAUUUUGAUGCCAUCAUGGAUGAGGGCGAUCACUCGAGCUUGCUCUCAGGCACCCUGAGUCCCAGCCUCCUCCACAGCCUCUCCCAGAACUCCUCCUGCCUCACCACCCCCCGGAACUCCCUGACUCUGCCCUCCAUCCCCACGGGCAUCAGCAACAUGGCGGUUGGGGACAUGAGCUCCAUGCUCACCAGCCUGGCAGAGGAGAGCAAGUUCCUGAACAUGAUGACCUAAGUUCCCAGCCCCUGGCGCUCCGUGGAGUCGGAGGAACCUUCAUUUCCCAGAGCACGGGAGUUCUAGUUUGUCUUUUUCCAAAAAAAAAGUAUUAAAUAGGUCUGAGGGAGUUUUGCCAAUGGCCGGUCCGGACCACAAAUGCUUUAAGGGCAGCUUCGUGUGCAACCUGUCUGGUCGUCUUCGGGAUGGCUUUUCAGAACACUUUAAAAAGUCUCAACAAGAAAGGCAAGGCAGGAGCGAAAAACUCGUUUGCACAGUGCUUCCCAGCCUUUGGUGUUUAUAGGACCAAAUUGUUCUGGCUUCUUCACCUCUGUCAUUUGGCUAAUGAGGGAUUACACUGGCCAAAGGCUUUCCAACUACAUGAGGAAAGAGGGUAGAGGGAACCACAUUUGGGUUUGAAUCCGAAAGCCAUACUGGAUAUUCUAAUCCAGGAAGAGAAGUUUCUUGUUCCCGUACCUGCAAGGUAAAGGAAUUCCUGGCCCACUGGAAUUCUUCUACGAAGCUUACUUCUUGAGGCCUCUCGCAUCCCUGUGCCACAGAGGAAGAAAACAGAUUUUUACCUGGAUGAUUUGGAAGCACGUCCUGAUUCCAGGUCUGGUAGAGCUGGCAUCUCUACCCCGCAAAGCCAAGUUUGCGACGGGCAGGCUGUUCAAGUGUAUACGAAUGACUAAAGAAUGGAAGUAUUGCCAGAAAAAAAGAAAAAUUGUAGUGCUUGGGGCAAGCCCAGAAGCUGCCCUAGCCUCUCCAGACCGUGUUUACAGUGUUCAUGCAUGUAGAAUGUAGCCCUUCCUGGAAAGAACACUUCUAAAUACCUCGGGGUGGCUGGAGCUGCUGUGGGCUAGGGAUGGACCCAGGUGAGCCGACGCCUGGCACGGGACCUCCAGAAAGUGGGAGAGCGCCAGGGACCCGGCCUCAGGCCACCCUGGAGAUCUCCCACAGGAAGAGGAAGUCGUAUGUUUACCCAAUCCUGUUUCUCCGAUGCACUGUCCGCCCACUUUGCCACGGAAAACCCCAGGACUUCGAUGGCGGCCUCUGCCCCGUCUCCCCCAGGCUGUGUUGUCCGCUUACCUGCAGCCCAGUGGUCUGUGCCAAGGCACAACAUGACGUCCCGGGGUCUUCUGGGUUCCCUCCCCUCUGUCCUGUUCAUUCCGCAGAGCACGAUGACCUGCAUGGUGUUUUUGGUGGGGCUGAGUGGGUGAAGGGGUUGUUUCCUGGGACUCUGAGGGACCAUCCCUGAAUUUUCCUGUUCGCUGUGAACAAGCCCCACCUGGAAGUGGAACUUGGGACUGGUAUCAGAAGACAUCGUUCCUGAACAUACUGUAGGGCGAAUGGAUGCCUCCCCCCUCCCCCCACCACACACACAUACACACCCCCCCCACACCUUUCCCACGCUGAAUUUGUGGCGACCUGGCCAAAACCAACCACACCACUGUGAGCCUGAUGAUAACCGUGACCCUGACCUCGGCCACGGCAGGGCCAAGAUUUUCCCUGGGCCCUCUGCAUCCCAGAACAUCAGACGCUUUGUUAGGGUCCAGAGACAAAGCCGAGUCCAAAUAACAGCCCUGGGACCCCUCCGAGGGCGUGGGCUCCGUGGCGGUGUUCAUUCACUCCCUGAGCUAGGAUUUCACUAGCCGUCCCCAGCCUGUGUAUAACCUGUACAGAAGGCGUCGUCCCUGAAAAUACUGUAGGUGAACCAUCCAGCCAAAUUUAUAUCUCCAAAAUAUUUAGCUUUUUCUACAUGCUAUGAAUUGAGAUGACACACUCAACUUGUAAAUAAGUCUUUUUGUACAUUAAAAAAGUAAUUUUU